GGUGCUCCAGCUGUGCCACAGCCUGGUCCUGCUGCUGCGCCCGCCAUGACGUCCCGGGACCAGGCUCACCUGGGCCCCAAGUACAUGGGCCUCUGGGACUUCACGGCCCGGACGGACGAGGAGCUGAGCUUCCGAGCGGGGGACGUCUUCCAUGUGGCCAGGAAGGAGGGGCAGUGGUGGUGGGCCACCCUGCUGGACGAGGCGGGUGGGGCCGUGGCCCAGGGCUAUGUGCCCCACAACUACCUGGCCGAGAGGGAGACGGUGGAGUCGGAACCGCUGUGUAAGGUUAGCUCCUGGGGGACCCAAGCAACAAGCAGGGGAGGCUGUAAAGAGGCCGUCGAGCAGAGCCCAUGGUGGAGACCCCUCUAUCAUGCGCAGACCCGCGACCUCGUUAGUGAGCAGGGGUGCAGCGGUGGGGUCUGGCCAGAGGCUGGUCGGCUCCCAGGUGCAAAGACCCUGAGGCCUGAGAACUCGCCCAGGUGGUUCUUUGGCUGCAUCUCCCGCUCGGAAGCUGUGCAUCGGCUGCAGGCCGAGGGCAACGCCGCGGGCGCCUUCCUGAUCAGGGUCAGCGAGAAGCCGAGCGCCGACUACGUCCUGUCGGUGCGGGACACGCAGGCUGUGCGGCACUACAAGAUCUGGCGGCGUACCGGGGGCCGGCUGCACCUGAACGAGGCGGUGUCCUUCCUCAGCCUGCCUGAGCUUGUGAACUACCACAGGGCCCAGAGCCUGUCGCACGGCCUGCGGCUGGCCGCGCCCUGCCGGAAGCAUGAGCCUGAGCCCCUGCCCCAUUGGGAUGACUGGGAGAGGCCGAGGGAGGAGUUCACGCUCUGCAGGAAGCUGGGGUCCGGCUACUUUGGGGAGGUCUUCGAGGGGCUCUGGAAAGACCGGGUCCAGGUGGCCAUUAAGGUGAUUUCUCGAGACAACCUCCUGCACCAGCAGACGCUGCAGUCGGAGAUCCAGGCCAUGAAGAAGCUGCGGCACAAACACAUCCUGUCGCUGUACGCUGUGGUAUCCGUGGGGGACCCCGUGUACAUCAUCACGGAGCUCAUGGCCAAGGGCAGCCUGCUGGAGCUACUCCGCGACUCUGAUGAGAAAGCCCUGCCCGUUUCGGAGCUGCUGGACAUCGCCUGGCAGGUGGCUGAGGGCAUGUGUUACCUGGAGUCACAGAAUUACAUCCACCGGGACCUGGCCGCCAGGAACAUCCUCGUCGGGGAAAACACCCUCUGCAAAGUUGGGGACUUCGGGUUAGCCAGGCUUAUCAAGGAGGACGUCUACCUCUCCCAUGACCGCAACAUCCCCUACAAGUGGACGGCCCCAGAAGCGCUCUCCCGAGGCCAUUACUCCACCAAAUCUGACGUCUGGUCCUUUGGGAUUCUCCUGCAUGAGAUUUUCAGCAGGGGUCAGGUGCCUUACCCAGGUAUGUCCAACCACGAGGCCUUCCUGAGGGUGGACGCUGGCUACCGCAUGCCCUGCCCUCUGGAGUGCCCGCCCAGCGUGCACAAGCUGAUGCUGAUGUGCUGGUUCAGGGACCCCGAGCAGAGACCCUGCUUCAAGGCCCUGCGGGAGAGGCUCUCCAGCUUCACCAGCUACGAGAACCCGACCUGAGCUGCUGUGGAGCGGGCACGGCCAGGCCCUGCUGAGGAGGGGCCUGGGCAGAGGGCCUGGACCUGGGAUCAAGGCCCACGCACUGCCUUGGGGUUUACUGAGGUGAUGGGUGCAAGAAAGGUUCACAAAUAUGGAGUGUCUGCUUCCAGUACACGCGUGUGCUCCUCUCGUUACCCCGUCAUGUGAAACGUGGAGUGUCU